ACUGCUACAGUGAAGAGCAGGCUUCCUCUGUGGCAUCUUGCUUCUGUGUUGUCUUCCUUCCAUGUCAUCUUCCUUCUAUAUUUGCUUCCUUCUAUGUUUGCUUCCUUCUACAUCCUCUUCCUCUGCGCAGGCCGCUACAGCGAGGAGUCGAGCAGCAUGGAGAGCAACGCGAUCAUGAAGCUCUACAAGGACGUGGUGGAGAUGAGCCCCGACUGGGAGGACGGACACUUCUGCCUCGCGCACUACUACGACCUGCUGCUCGCCCAGCUCGAGUCGCACGACCGCAAGGCAGACGUGCUGGCCUACAUUGUCAGAUUCUUUAGCAACUCGUUGCAACAUGGAAACAAGUAUAUUUACCAGUCGAUGCCGCGGAUGCUCAGUCUCUGGCUGGACUUUGGCGCGACGGUUGCCGAGCAACAGCAGAAGAAGCAGGAGAGCCAGGCGACGCAGAACAACCGCAGCAUGUUGACCUCCAUCAACAAG